AUGCAGCAGCGGUUGGCUUUAACGUUCUUUGUGUGUGCAGCGGCAAAGUGGCCCUUGCGCGGGCAGCCGAAGCAUGUGGAUGCGGUCCCGGCCUCUUUCGAUUGCGAGAUGCGCAAACUGGCCUAUGAGUAUGGGAAGAAGCUUAUUCCGCGGAUGGGCGCUUUUGAGAGCCUGUACUAUGCGCUGGACCUGGACAGUGCCGACUGCCACGUUGCCUCUACAGGCAAGCCUUUCGCCGGCCCCGGGGCAAAGCUGCCCACGAAGGCUGUCUUCGUCGCGGUCGAUGGGAGGGAUGAUGGAGAUGGGACUGAGGGCCAGCCAUUGAAGUCCCUCCAGGUGGCUGCCGAUGCGGCAGCUCAACGAGGUGCCGCGUUAGUGCUGCGGGCGGGCACACACUUUCUGGACAAGACACUGCACCUUUCCCCGUUGCACUCAGGGCUCGUCAUGAUGGCCUAUCCUGGCGAGCGGGUCGAAAUUUCUGGAGGGCAGAAAGUGCAGGUGUCUUGGAAGCCCUACAAUGUGAGUGGCGCCAAUAUCUGGGUCACCGAUGCAGCCGGAUGGGAGGAGAUGCCAGCUCUCCACAUCAAUGGUGCCCGCGCAACACGCGCAAGGUAUCCAAACAUGCCGCACGGCAUCGAGUCUUCGUGUGGGUAUGGCUGCAUGAUAGAUGGAGGAAAGGGCAAGUGGACACCGCCAGAUUUUCAGAAGUACGGCAAUGUUUCCUUUUACACUGACAAGACAUCCCAGCACUACAGGAAUACAACACACGAUUGGUUCAAUGAGUACAUGAUCGGCGUAGGUGGCCUGUGCAGUGUCUACGACCCACCUGUCUCCUAUUGGUGCUCAGAAAACCCUUCAGGCGGUGGUGCGUUUGCCUUCCGAACACCCUCGGGAUUGAGCUUUGAGUUUCCCAAUGGGCCCUACAAGCAUGCGGAGGAUGCACGCUUGUUCGUGUGGCGUCCGAACAGGUGGGCCAACUGGAUGUUUGAUGUAGCUAAGUACGAGGCCACUACUCAGAACUUCACCUUCGGCCGCGGGGGAAACCAGGGUGCCCGAGGGGAGAAUACCGGCGGUGACUUCUUCAUUGAGAAUGUUAUGGAGGAGCUGGACUACCCUGGAGAGUUUUUCUUCGACAAGCACGCGGAGAAGCUCUACCUGUAUUACAACGGCACUGGCGCUCCGCCUGCUGAUGCCUCCUACGUGGUGCCGCGGGUACAGGUUUUGGUAAACCUCACUGGCACCCAAUGGAACCCUGUGAAAAACAUCAAGGUGCAGGGCAUCCACUUCAGCGCUUCGGCGCCUACAUACAUGAUGCCCCAUGGAGUGCCUUCUGCAGGCGACUGGGCACUGGACCGCUACUCUGCUGUCUUCCUGCAAGGCACACAGGGGACGCUUAUCGACGGCUGUGUCUUUGAUCGACUAGAAGGCAAUGCGGUCAUGGUUUCGGGCUACAACCGUGACGCCACGAUUCAAAACAGUGACUUCUCGUACCUGGGAGGGAAUGCUGUGGCAGCUUGGGGGUACACUAACGAAACCCGGACAGACAGGGGGAGACCGGGCAUCAUCCUUGCAAAUGCACCGGCGGCUGGUGUGGACGGCACGGACGGCGAGCAUCCGCUUCGUACCACAGUGCAGAACUGCACGGCACGCGAGAUCGGCCUCUACGAGAAGCAAUCCAGCUUCUUCGUGCAGGCCAAAACUGCUCAGUCAAGGGUGCUUUCGAAUGUCUUCUUCAACGGCCCUCGCGCCGGCAUCAACAUGAACGACGGUUUCGGCGGAGGGGAUGAGAUUGCCUUCAACCUGGUGUUCUCCACUUGUCGCGAGAGCGGUGACCAUGGCCCCUUCAACUCCUGGGAUCGACAGCCCUUCCUGACCACAGUGC